UACGUAAAUAUAUGUAGUUAUAGUUGUAAUUUAUGUGGUUAAAAUGACUGAUUAGGCCUGUACAUAACAAGCUUUAAUAAUUAACAGAUACAGGCACUAGUAUGUAUCUGUUUAGUUGUAUAAUUUACUUAUGAAUUGGCAGAACUAUUAAUUGAGGUCACAGCUAAAAUGAAAGACAAGACUGAGAUGAGAAGCAGGGGAACAUCUUUUAUAGCACGAGUAGUGAGUUAAUUCAGCAGGAUAUUUACAGUAAAUGUAUAAUCAGGGCUGGAUCAAUGGGCCCUUGUGUUGCCAGUCUUAGUUCGGUUAAAAGUUAAUCAAACAUAAAUGUAUUUAAUGCACACUUAAAGUAGUUCAAUGUAGUUAUUAUUAUUAUUAUCAUUAUCAUUAUCAUUAUUAUUUAUUGGUGCUGCUAUCAUUUCUGCUGUUAUUAUUGAUAACACCAUUAUACCUAUGGGUAUUACUGUUAUAUUUUUCACUAUUUUUAAUCAGUGCCUAAAUACAACAGUGGUCACUUCCAUAUUCACCAUGGAAAUAUGAGGACUUUACUUUACUGUAAAAAUUAUUUUAUUUUUAUGACUUCUUAGCUAGCUAGCUAGCUUAGCUUAGCCGUGGGAGGCGGCUAGCUUGCCCCCAGUGGGCCAUGAGAAAAAGUCAUAAUUCUGACUUUUUUUCUCAGAAUUCUGAGAUUAAAGAACAUUUAAUUUUAUUUAAUAAUCAAAUUAAAUAAUAAUAAAAAAAGAUCACAUGUGGCUCAAAUCCUCUUCGUUACUCCAUGAUACAGGGUCAGUAUUAUUUGUGUGUUUGGAUCAGCUGACCUGCAGCUUCGCUCCGUCACGUGACUUCAUCCGCUUCCUCCGUUUCUUUUCGACAGACUCAGCUGAACUCUAUCUGGGGCAAGUACAAACACUACAGCCGUAUUUUACCACCUUAAAACACGAGUUUUACUAAAGGCAAAACAGUUAAUAUUCAGCUGGAGAAAAUACGGAAUGUACAGCUGACGAACUCAGUUUAAAAAUACACCAGUUUAAUGUCGCGUGCGUGUGUGUUUUGGCGGGGGGAAGCGUCGCGGUGACGGUGAAACAAGUUUAAAUCCGGAAGGAAUAAGUGAAGUAUUGUGCAUGUAAUGUGCGCCGAGUUGACAACUGGGUUCUAGUAGCUCUCCACCUUCUUCCCUCUUCCUCUUUGAAGUCGUCCGGAGCGGAGUGGACGAGUUGUUUCCACUCGUCUGCGGAGAGAACAAACAUAAAACAUGCCGUCCAACAGAUCGGUGUCCGACGCUCCCAUCACUCAGUUCAUCAACUGCAGGAUCCUGAGAGAGCACGAACUGCACAGAGAGGACCUGUGGGUGCGUGAAGGGAGGAUUUUAGAUCCAGAGAAGUUGUUCUUUGAUGAGCAGGGUUACGCCGACAAGCGUGUGGACUGUGAAGGCAGCAUCAUCGCCCCGGGGUUUAUAGACGUCCAGAUCAACGGUGGAUUCGGCAUCGACUUCUCUCAGGCGUCUGAUGACGUCGGCGCCGGAGUUUCCUCUGUGGCUAAAAAGAUCCUGGAGCACGGCGUGACGUCCUUCUGUCCCACGCUGGUCACGUCUCCUCCCGCUGUCUACCACAAGGUUUUGCCUCAGGUCAAAGUUCACAAUGGAGGACAACAUGGAGCUGGAGUUCUUGGUUUUCACCUGGAGGGCCCGUUCAUCAGUGUGGAGAAGAAGGGCGCCCACCCGGAGCAGUAUCUCCGCACCUUUCAGUCCGGAGGGAUCGACGACCUGAUGGAGACCUACGGCGGCCUGGACAACGUUGCCAUGGUGACACUGGCUCCAGAGCUGGCCAGCAGCCAAUCAGUGGUGAGGGAGCUCUGCCAGAGGGGCAUCACGGUGUCGUUAGGUCACUCGGUGGCGAACCUGUCUCAGGCUGAGGAGGCCGUUCAGCACGGAGCCUCCUUCAUCACUCACCUGUUCAACGCCAUGUUACCUUUCCACCACCGGGACCCUGGUAUCGUGGGUCUGCUGACCAGUGAUCAGGUCCCUGCGGGCAGGACGGUCUACUACGGCAUGAUCGCCGACGGGAUCCACACCAACCCUGCUGCUCUACGCAUCGCCCACAGAGCUCACCCCUCAGGUCUGGUUCUGGUGACGGAUGCGAUCGCAGCGAUGGGCCUCCCCCCCGGACGCCACACUCUGGGUCAGCAGGUCAUCGAGAUCCAGGGUCUCCACGCUUACGUGGCAGGCACUAAGACGCUCAGCGGCAGCAUCGCCACCAUGGACAUGUGCGUCCGCCACUUCAGACAGGCUUCAGGCUGCAGUGUAGAAGAAGCUCUGGAAGCUGCCUCCCUCCAUCCGGCUCAACUUCUGGGGAUCAGCCACAGGAAGGGGAACCUGGACUACGGCUCCGACGCAGACCUCGUUUUGCUCGAUGACACCCUCGACAUCAAAGCCACCUAUAUUUCUGGAGAGGAGGUUUGGAGAAAAGCACCAUAGAAGAAGAGGAAGAACACGCUGCAGCCAUGCUGAUGGAAACUGGCCCGACAGCUCCGGACCCGCGGUGCCUUCAGGGGACGCUGUUUCCCAAAGAACCACAGAUCUGCGACCAACCAUCCAAUCAAAACCUGGUCGACUGUCUGGGACACGCCCCCUUUGAUCCAACGCCAUGAAACAAUUGGACACGAGAUAUUUUUUUAAUAACGGUGUUAGAAAUAGAUCCAAAACCAAACCAGGAAGUAACAACACAGAAACUGAGACCUCUGUAAACGAUGAGGUCACACCCACGGUCUCUCCUGAUUGGCUCUCAUCAGCCUGGACUACCAGUGGUGAAUACAACAUGAUGAUGAAUGACAGUGUUACUGACCUUGUUGUCUUUGCAGCUGCUGUUCACUUACAUUCUCUGUUUUAAUGCUACAACUGCAGAGGAGACAAUCUACUUCCUGUUUACACCGGCUCGCACACGCUCAGUGCAGGUGCUUGCUCAGGUAUGUGUGAGUCUUCAGCCACAGUCCUACCUGAAUGUGGGCAGAUCUGAACUGAUGACAUGACGUAUGAAGGCUUUUAUGAAUGAUUAUGUACUUACUGUAACAAACAGUUUUUUUGCUUGUAUCUAAAUACUUUUCUUACUUUAUUUAAUCAUGUUAAAUAGUUUUGAUUCAAAGGGAAAUAUUUUGGUAUUAAACUGGACAAAUCGCCUGAAUGUUCUCAGUGUUCGCCACAGGCAACACGGGGAGGAAACCGAUGUUUUAAACUAUCAGGAUUUUUCUUUCUGAGCAUCAUACUUUCUAUGCAACUUAUACAACAUGCUGUAUAAAUGACAUUGGGCUAUGUAAAUAAAAUUUGACUUGACUUCCCUCUGAA